AUGAAUAAGUUCUUGAGAAAGAUUACAGGAAGAGAAACACUAGCUGAUCAUGCAAGCGGUGCAGCAAAUAUAAUAAAAAAGGAAUGUGUGAGCGCUGUUAACCAAACAGGAGAUGUAUUAGAAUAUAUUGGAUCAGAAGUGAGUGAUACAUUUUAUAGCUGGAAAUACAAGUCUGCUAGGUCUAGACAGCAGUCAAAACGAAAAGUAAGCCCAGUAGACACACAGGGCAUGCCGACAUAUGCAGAUGUGGUGGCAAGGAAAAACACAGCGGUAGCAGGCCUAUCCGCAGGAAAGGAAUCUGUUAUAAGAAAAGAGCACUUAACCCAAGAAGAAAAUGUCAAACUUGGGCUUGCUAUUGUGACUGGUGCACUGGCUAUUUUUAUAGCUUUGAUAUACAUUAUCCAGCGAAAGCUACGCACGCGCUCUUGCAAAUUAUAA